AUCUUCUCGAGCGCCAUUGACGACAAGCUCAAUUACGACAUUGACGCACAAACCUCUCACAGUAUCGGUCAAGAACGACCGGUGUUUGCGCGAAUCGAACAUGGUCACUCCGCCGACCACAGAUCGCGACCAGCAGGCGCAGGAGCUCGCUGUCGGGAUAUCAACAUUCGUCCGCCCAGAUGUGCCAGGCUUUUCAUGCAUAUUGAAGCAGCGCUACACAGAUUUCUUGGUCAACGAGGUUCUCCCCGACGGCAAAGUCCUGCACCUUGUCGCAAAUGAGCCCGACCCAGAUCGAAAGCGAAAGCGCCAAGACGACAGCGGCACCUCGCAGAAGAAGGUGAAAACCGAGGAGCCCCAGGGAGGAGCUGCAAAUGCUGCGGACGCUUCUGCCGCCACGGCCAAAGUGGGAGGCUCUCAAAGUGCAUCCGCGUCAACGACGGCCGAGGACCAGGCCUCCAGCGCGCAGGCGAAAAAGGAACAAGCCGUUGCUAGCAUCUCUGACGCAGACAAAGCUGUGCUGAUAGAUGUUUUUGGUGAGGAUGCUACAGCCGCUAUUAUCAACCUGUACGGCUCGAUCAUUGCUUUCCCAGAUCGCAAGCCCCGCGAACAUGCCACAGUGAAUUCUCCGCCCAUCGAGGAGAAGUCCAAGCGUACUGAAGCUCACUUGUGCGUACGUCGAAUCUUCGACUCCAAACUCGAAACUAUCACUGUCCAGGAUCGGGACCACCAGUCGGGACCUGGCACCGUCAUCGCGAUCAAAGCGGCACCGCCGAGAUCGAACACGAAUGGCAACGCAAAACGCGAUGGCGAAGCGCAGCGUGGUAAACAGAACUGGGCAGAGCUUGGGGGUGAGUAUCUUCACUUUACUCUCUACAAAGAGAACAAAGACACCAUGGAGGUUCUCUACUUUAUCGCAUCCCAGCUCAAAGUCAACAUGAAGCAUUUUGGCUUCGCGGGCACGAAAGACCGCAGAGGAGUUACCGUGCAGCGCGUAUCAGUGCAUCGCGUACUCCGCGGCCGUCUGGAAUCCGUCAACAAACAGGCUAGAGGAUGGAGAGUCGGCGGCCCGUGGGAGUACAAGAGCGAGGGUCUGACUUUGGGCAUGUCCAAUGGCAAUCAGUUCUUGCUCACACUUCGUGAUGCUCACAUCGAGGGCGAGAACGAGGCUGAGGGAAUUGAAGCAAGACUUCAAAAAGUCAAAGCAUGCGCCGAGGCAGCUGCGAAGAGUCUUGGUGAGACCGGCUUCUUGAACUACUAUGGCCUGCAGCGAUUCGGCACACACAGCACUGGAACUCACGCAGUUGGCAUGAAAAUCUUACAAGGAGAUCUCAAGGGCGCCGUGGAUUCCAUUCUGGCGUAUGACGAAGCACUAUUACGUGAAAAUCAACCUGCGUCCGACGCGGAGUCAAAUGGCGCCAAUGGCCAUGGACAAGAGCGGAAGGUCCCCCAGGACGACAUUAAUCGCGCCACAGCCAUUCAUGCUUUCCGCAAGAGCGGCGGUUCCUCGGAGGCACUAUCUAUUCUGCAAGGCAACCGCUUCUCAGCGGAAAAAGGAAUGAUCACACAUCUUGGAAAGAAGGAUCGCAAGACGGGGCGGCGACCGAACGAGAACGAUUUUCAAGGAGCUUUGAUGACCAUUCAGAGGAAUCUGAGAUUGAUGUAUGUUCAUGCGUACCAAAGCUUCGUAUGGAACACCGUCGCUGGAAAGCGCUGGGAGCUUUACGGAUCGACCGUCGUUGAGGGUGAUCUGGUUGUCGUUGGAGAAAAGGACACCGCCGAAGGAGUCACCAAUGGCGGAGCACUCACGAAGGAGGAAGUCGAUGAGCACGGCGAGCCGAUCAUACACCCUUCUGCUUCCGCGGAUCCUGGGAACCCAGGUGCCACAGGCGAGCUCGAUGACCCCUUUGUCCGGGCACGACCACUCAGCAAGGAAGAGGCCGAAAGUGGUCGCUACGACAUCUUCGACAUCGUGUUGCCGCUACCUGGUCACGAUGUCAUCUAUCCCAAGAACGUGCUCGGAAAAGUCUACGAGGAUUUCAUGGCCUCCGAAGAAGGCGGAAAAUUGAACCCUCACGACAUGCGCCGCACCACAAAGGACUUUUCGUUAUCCGGAGGCUAUCGCAAGAUGAUGGCACGCCCUCUCGGAGCUGGAGUGGAAGUUGACGUCAAGACGUAUAGCAGUCCUGAAGAGCAACUCAUUGAGACGGAUCUAGAUAAACUGAGGAACUCGGGCUCGGAAAACGAAGCUGAUAGACAGAACGGAAAACAGAGUGUUGCUGGAGACAAGGACAAGGUCGCUGUGAUCCUCAAGCUACAGCUUGGAAGUAGCCAAUACGCCACGAUGGCACUGCGUGAACUUACAAAAGGCGCAGCGAUGGGCUUCACGCCAAACUAUUCUGUAGCCAACCGCUGAGCAAUGUAACAUAGCAUGCACGCGUGUUGAUGUUCUCAACCACUGUUACGGCGCUCAAACGAUUCCCACAGCGCAAACAUAUGCCGAGCCUCUCGGGGCAAACUGCGUCGGCAUACUAUGUCACGGCGUUCAGUGCGGAGACGCAUGUUGUACAGAAGUGUAUCAUUACUACGGAUUGAUCCAAAGGGGUAUCAGAGAAAUACAUCGAAGCAGUAUUGCAGUAGCGCAAAUAGUGCUGAAAUGGAUGAAAGCUCUGCAAGCUAUCUCGUGGAAGAACUUUUGCCAGGGGUAUCUU